AAAUUUAGAAACCUCGAAUGUCGUGUCCACUAGCCGAGUAGGACACAGCACAGCUCGGUCAUCACUCGCAAGCUGUCUCUUUCAUCUCCCUUAGGCCUCAUCUGAUUUGGCGGGCACAAACAAUCGUAAUGCUUGCUGAUCUCACCGCCCCGCCCCGCCCCCCGCCCCCACACACAAUAAGCAAAUUGCUCAAUCGAUUUCAUCGCUGCGUCCACCAGCUAACAACACAAAUAAAGCAAAACAAGGCAAAUGCUUCGAAUCGGCGUCCUCAGAUUUGUCGCUCUCCCUCGUUCUUCUUCCUUUUUCUUCAGUAGCUCUUCUCCCAAAUUCCUCAAUCCUCCUACGAUUCGCGCCAAGUUCGCUUCCCAUUCCCGAACGAUGGCUUAUACGACGUCGUCGGGUUCUUCCUCCAAGCUCCUCUUCCGGCAGCUCUUCGAGAAGGAGUCCUCCACCUACACUUACUUGCUCGCCGACGUCUCUCACCCCGACAAACCCGCUCUGUUGAUUGACCCGGUGGACAAGACGGUGGAUAGGGAUAUCUUACUUGUCAAAGAGUUGGGGUUGAAGUUGAUCUACGUCAUGAACACUCAUGUUCAUGCUGAUCACGUGACCGGUACCGGUCUUAUCAAGACUAAGCUUCCUGGUGUGAAAUCUGUCAUUUCGAAGGCGAGCAAAUCAAAAGCAGACCUUCUGAUAGAAUCCGGCGAUAAAUUAUAUUUUGGCGAUCUGUUUUUGGAGGUUAGAGCUACUCCUGGGCAUACAUUAGGUUGUGUUACCUAUGUUACAGGAGAUGGGCCUGAUCAACCCCAACCAAGGAUGGCUUUUACUGGAGAUGCAGUACUCAUUCGUGGAUGUGGGAGAACUGAUUUUCAGGGUGGCAGUUCACAACAACUCUACAAGUCAGUUCAUUCACAGAUUUUCACAUUGCCAAAGGAUACACGUAUCUAUCCUGCUCAUGAUUACAAGGGAUUCACUGUUAGUACUGUGGGGGAGGAGAUGCUCUAUAAUCCCCGGCUCACAAAAGAUGAGGAGGAGUUUCAAAGUAUCAUGGAAAAUCUAAAACUGGCAUAUCCAAAAAUGAUUGACAUAGCUGUACCUGCAAAUAUGGUUUGUGGAUUGCAAGACUUGUCUGAAAGACCUGCCGAGCCCGUGGCCAACUAGAUACAGUUGCUGCUAUGAUUUGUACUUCGGACAAGAACUUCUAAAAGGAGCUGGCGCGUUACCACAUAACUCGGUGAAAUUCUACAACUACCAGACUUAUAUUGCCGAAAAGGCAGCUCUAUAUCCUAUGAGGUAAUGUCAGGGAGACUAAAUUUGGAGACUAAAUCUUCUAAUUAAAUACUGUGUCACCAAUAAGAAUAAGCACGUUUAUCAACGUUUAAGUAAUAAACCAAUCAUCAACUUCCAUGUCUCUUAGUUUUCAAAACUUUCUUUACAAAUUUAGUCUCCCUAGCAUUACCCUAUCCUAUGAUACCUCUCGUGUUCGUUUCAAGAGAUAAUUGUAUGAGUUAUUUUGUUGUGCAGAAAAAUAAUAAGAAAACGGAACGAAAAAGGAAAAAAAUGUGUGGAUGAAUGAAAGAGCCAGCUACCUGCUGCUGUUGCAUUGGAUUUA